AUGGCCCAUUACCAUCGCGGUUUAGUGUACCUUUUGAAUGAUCAACUGCGUGAGGCAGAAGUUGCCUUCUCCAAUGCCAUCGAGCUCGAGCAUCAUCCUCCCCUCGAUAGCCUGAACCUAACACCUGUUAAUCAAGACCCCAGCAUUUGGUUGGCGCGUGGAGUCGUGCGUCACCUUCUUCAUGAAAGAAAUGAGGGGAAAGAUGGAAAAUUGGCUCCAACCAAUUGCGGUUGGCUGGAAGCGGCUCUGGCUGAUAUUGACAUGGCCCAAAGCCUUCUAGGUACCUGGCCGCAAUAUUCAGGAAAAGCCUCCUCAAAGUCCACCGAAUUCCUAAGAGAGGGAACAGUAGAAACUCCAGAAAACCCAGUAAAAGGAGGCUUAACUAGAUGCCGAACUCAGCUGGGCCUCUGUCCUUGGGCCAGCAUUCAUUUCAACAGAGCCCAAAUCUUGAUGGAGCUGGGCCUUCUACACAAAGCCGAUGAAGAGUUGACAAAAGGCAAGUCUGCCCUCAAUAUCAUUUUGUAG